AUGAAUGCUUUGCGAAACCUGAAAAACUUGCAAUAUCAAUUAUCAAUUAUAACGAGCUAUUUCGAACUUUUUCAGUUUUAUCAACUGCUCGAGAGCAAUCCAAUAGCCAACAGCACGCUGAUGCACAGGCACGUGACGGUCUUCGCGCCGACGAAUCAAGCCUUCCAAAGGUAUCACGGCAGUACGGAAAACAACUUGGUUCUCUAUCACAUUUCUAACCAGCCAUUCAGAACGGAACAGUUCGGCCAAUCGUUGACCUCGGAGCUGGAGGGCAAUCCACCGUUGUGGGUGACUCGCCGACCUGGCGCCCACGGAAGGGAAGAGAUCUUCAUCAAUAAUGCACGAAUCAUCGAGGGCAGCAAUUACGAGUCUCCUUUCGGCACCAAUGAAAAUGACCGAAAAAUUCAAGUACUGCACAAGAUUUCGGAAGUGCUGGAGCCGGUUCAAGCUCGAGGCAACGAGCUCAUUUACAAUCCCGACGCCAUGCAGUUCCUCAACAAGAGCGAGAGCUUGAACUUGGGCAGACAUCGCAUUCGUACUUUCCACCACCGCGUGCGGAUGGUCGAGAAGGAUAACGUUUUCAGCGCCGAGGGAAAGUACACGUUUUUCAUACCGAUUGACGAUGGCUUCAAGCCGUCGCAUCGAGCCAGUAAAAUCGACAAACAAGUCAUCGACGGUCACGUGAUUCCGAAUCACGUACUGUUCACGGCGCCGACGCCGAGCAACAAACCCUACGAGACUCUGGCUUUCGGCGAUAAUCUCAAGGUCACCAUUACCUUUUCCACCGAGCACACCGACAAGGGCGUCGAUAAAUAUUACAUCAAGUCGGACACGCUGAUGGGCGACUCGCAGCAUCCGUCGGCCUCGGUACUGGCCGAGAUCGUCAAGGCCAAUAUCCCGGUGAAGAACGGAGUCAUUCAUCUCAUACAGAAUCCACUAAUGGUCGUCGAUACCACCGUGCAGGAGUUCAUUCAGUCCUGGAAGGGCAUCGACAAGGAGGACGGGCCGCUUUACAAAUUUUACGAAGUCAUCAGGGAUCAGGGCGACGAGUUCAUGCGACAGGCCUCGCGCUACAGCAAUAUCACGCUGUUCGCGCCGCGCAACGCCGCCUGGGACGAGCCCGGCGUGAAGCAAAUUCUGCAGGACAAGAAGCGCGUCAAGGAACUGCUGAAUCUUCACUACGUGCGGGAUUAUUUACCGCUGGAGGUCAUCGAGAGAAGAACCACGAGACAGCCUCUCUGGUCUGGUAAGGCCUAUUACUCGGUACCGACGGCCCAGCCUCGCACGAGCCUGUACUUCAACGUUGUCGAGGGACCGUCGGGCAACCACACGGUGACGGUCGAGGGUGGUGGCGUCAACGCGACCAUCAUCACGGCCAACAUCGGCGCGACCAACGGCAUCAUCCACAUAAUCGACCGAGUGCUCGGCGUGCCAUACACCACUCUGCUCGAUAAGCUCCGAACGGAUCCGACUCUCAACUCGACGUAUCAUUUGGGCAUGCGUCACGACUUCAACAGUUUGUUGGGCAAUGAGAAGGAGCGCUAUACGUUCUUCGCGCCACAGGACCGGGCCUGGCAGCAUCUGCAAGUCAUGCAGCCGUCGCUGCACAAGAAGAUGUUUAUGGCUGAUUUCGCCUAUCACGUGAGACAAAUUCUGGAGCGACACUUGGUCGUUGGCAAGGCGCUGACAAUGAAGAAGCUCGUCGAGCUCGAUCGCAACGAUACGCUCCAUCUGAAAACAAUGAGAGACAAAUUGACCAUCAGUGUCAAGGAAGUCGGAGACAACUACAUUAUCGAAUGGAAAGGCAAGAAGAUAAGAGUCGUCCGACCCGACGUGGCCUGCACCAACGGCAUCAUUCACGUGAUCGACGACGCGAUGCUGCGCGAGAGCGACGUGCACGUAACCGGCAGCGGCGCUACGAGCCUCAUCGUGCCGAACAUAAUCACAUUUCUCAUCGUCAAGUGGCUGCUCUAAACGCGCCGAAGCACGAGCUUAAAUCAAGAGAAAAGAGAGAAUGAGAGGGCAAGUUUAUAUAUAUAUUAUAUUCACUCAUCACCAUCGGUCAACAAGGUGUCUCCGACAUGCGCUCUUAUAGAAACAACUUUUUACGCAAAUUCGUUCAUUCGCGACAGUGGUGAAUCGAUUUUUUCUGCAAAAAAUAAAAAACAAUUAUAAAUCAAAUAAAACGAUUGAAGUAAAAAUUGCAAGAGAGAGAAAGCGAGUAACAAUGUUCAGUAAAAAUCUUAAGAGAUUCGCUUUUGCGUCGUAAUGAGAUAAUGUGCCUAUUGCAAUAUCAAAGUUCGGAGACGAAGGGAAGACUUCGGAAACCGCGCAGGAAAAAUUUGAUUUGCUAUUGUUGAUUGCUGAAACGGAUUUGAAUCCUAUUGUAAUACACAUAUUCGGGUUUAUUGUAAUAUGCCUCGAUCAAAACGAGGAUAAAUAAUGACAUAGCCUGUUAUAAUUUAUUAAGCGUGUGUAUGUGUGCAGUGGUCGUUUAAAAGCGAUAAUAUAAGGACGUAUAAGAUAUAUUAAGAGUUUGGUAAAUAGAAUAAAAGAGCGUUGAUCGUACCAAAAAAAAUUUAAAUGAUAAAAACUUAGUUGUAAUUACAUAAACGAAAAAAUCUUAAAAUUCGUAAAUAGAUUAUACGUGUGCUUGACCAUUACAAUUUUAGAAAUGAGUACUAGCUAUUAUUUGCUUUAUGAGUAGCAAUCGAACAAACAUUUUUUCGCUAAAGGUACGUUGUAUGAAACAAAUUUCUUGAAUUUUCAAUAAACAUUACUUGAAAGUAUAGAAUUUAGUAAUUUAAAAUUUUUCUAAAAUGUCUGUGUACAUUUUUUUGAAACGACUACUUAAAAUUGUAACAAAUUUCAAGUAAUAAAAAUUGGCAUUCAAUGCUUUUGUGAGUAAAUCGAACAAACAAAAUUAAUUUACUGCAUGAGCAUAAAAAAUUUACAUAUUAUUGUUUCGUUCAAAUUAAAAAAAGGUGAAUUGAAAAUGAAACGUAUAUAAUUACCAUACAAACAUUAUAUUUGUAACGCUUGAUUUUAUAAAUCAAUACGAGUAAAAUAAAAAGUCAAUUCAAUUUGAAGUACCGUACCUUUUUUUUGUUCAUUCAGCAUUUUUGUUCCGAUUGCGAAUGAUAUUAUACACUGGUAAAAUAAAAGAUCGUAGGAAUAUGAAAUUGUAUAAUGCGAAUGAAGAAAUGAUCAAAAUAAACCGAACAAAUCUUUCUUUUGAAAAAACCGAAUUUUACUUAUAUAAAAGAAUAUAACAUCCAAAUUAUAAUCGUAUAUGAUAAAAGAAAUACUAUAUCGAUCGAUACUGCCAUGUUGAAUCGCGGGGAAGAGCCAACACGCUCGAGUUUUGUAAAGCUAUUAAAAAAUUAAAUGAUCAAAAAUGCUACAGUAAAAAAAUUUAAUGUUAGGAUAUAGAAAAAGGCAAAAUCGAAAAUCGAUUAUGAUCUUAAAACAGAAUUAAGCCAUUUUCAGGUCAUGAUAAAUUUUCUUUUUUAUGCUUUUUUCAAAUAAUUAAUAGAAAAUCCGUAAUGAACAUUGUUGAAAUGUGUUGUACAGCUGAUUUUGUAUAUAAGAUAAUGGAAUGGAGUAAGUCUAAUGUAGUCAUCGUUUUCCUUUUUUGUCUUCUUAUAUGAAAUUUCACUUGAGUUCUUUGAAUUCGUAAAGGAAACACAAGUACUGUCCGCAAAACUUUACGUAAACUCUACUCCAUAAAUCAAAAAAUAUUCCAUUUUUACACACAUACAGAUACAUCGAUAAUGUAAAUGGUUUUUUCAAAAUGUUUUAAAAGGUUUUUAAUAAAGAAGGAAAACUUAAAUAUGUAUUAAUACUUCAUAUUAAAAGUAAUGAAGGGCGUUGAAAAUAUCUUCAUAUUAAUAUCGAACAUCUAUGGCAACUAUUACCUAAAACUUAAAAUAAUAAAACGUUAAAAACCUAUACGUAUUGAUAUCGAUUUAUAAUAUGUAUGUAUAAAAACAGAGAAUCAUUCUCUAAUCGUCAUUAAAGAAUUCCAACUCAUUCAAUUACUUUAAACCAUAAAUAAUUUGUAUAAGUUGAUUUAUUCUUAUUCCAACUUAAAGACAAACAUUAACAAAUAACUACAAAUUAUAAAAAAAUCUAAUUGUUGAAACAAAUUAAUGAAGUAAAAAUAAAAAUAAAAAACUUGUAUACAAAUUAAAACUCGAACGAAUUGGAACGAUUCAUUCGUUUGUGAAAGAGUAAGUAAUUAAAAUGUAGGAUCUCUAUCACUGUAUGAAUGUAUUUCAAUGGUCGAUUCAUUCAUGACAAUUCACAAAAAUUAUCAACCCUAUCACAAAAUCGUAAUUUAAUCUAUAAUAUUCCAGUUAAACCUUUACUACACUGAUUAUAAUACAUAGAGAGAUCUGAUUUCCUGAUUGUAAUAAACAUUACAACAUCACAAACAUCCUCAUGACUAUAACUAUAAAAAAUUGAGAAUAUCCUAAUUAUUUUUGCUUUGAAUCAUUUUACAAAAAUUCAUAAAUUUUAAAUUUCUCUACUUCUAUAUCUUCGUGAUUACAAUCAAGUAACAUUUUACCAAUUUUUGAGCAAAGAACAAAAACCAGAUAAAACAUUGGUUCUCGAGACCAAAAAUUUGAUGCCGUUGAGUAAAAUAUCUCAGACUAAAAGUCAUCAUGACCAUCUUGUCCCACAAUUUUGACAACCAAUGAAAAUUUUUGCACCUAGUACUUUUGCAAAUAAACAACAUUUUGUAAACCUUUUAAAACCAAUGUAAAUCAAUUUUGCAUUUAUAUUAUGGAAAAAACAAUUUUUGUAAGUUCAAUUUUAAUUUGAUAUAAAAGUUGUUGUUUAUUAUUCGAAGAAAAGUUUUACUCACAAAACAUUAUGUAUGUAAAUAAUAAUUACAUAGUGGUGGUUUAUAAAUAUAAGUAAAAAAUGGUACACAUUGACGUUUGAACAAUUGUAUAAUCAUUGAAAAGAGAAAUUAUAUACGUAUACAUUUUAUUUGCAAUUAUAAAAAAACAGCAGUCACUAACAGUUAAGAGUACAUAAUAUAAAAGAUACGUUAUGUGUAGUAAAUUAUACGUGGGUUAGCUCUAAGAAUUUAUAUAAGUUGACGAUACAUUUUCCCCUGUAAGGAAGUUCUGAAUCAGUUUUGACGUUCCGUCUAUUCUUCAGGCAUCGAGGAAAAAGUAAUUGUUAUCUCGAAAAAACCUCGGAGAAUCCUUGGCAACAGGCAACUGUUUUUCAACUUUCUUUGAAAUGAUGAACGGGUCGUUUUCAGAUUGUCUCGCGUCGGUCAGUAUUCUGGUUUAUCUGUAGGCAAGCAAUCAAUUGCUUUCAUUUACUUAAUGUAUCAAAUCAGUAAAUUGAUCGAUCGAUUACAGUCGCAAAAUGCUCUGUAGGCAUCUAAGUUUUAAAUAAAAAAGUAUCCGAUGAUAAAAUAAUGUUUAAGAGCAGUUUGAUACAUUUUAAAAAGUCAGAUUCCAUGCGAGUUACGGUAUAAUCUAGAAACAUAUACGUGUUAAACAUAAUUAAAUGAUUGUAUAAUGUGCGAAUACAUAUUAAAUACAUGCAAUUCACAGUUACAGGAGGUCUAACAUAAGGAUGAUCGCGUCGCACGAUAACUUUGUAAAAUAGUUUAAAUUCCUCCAUCCACAAAAAUUAAAAAAAAAAAAAUACGUUCUGUUCGUUCCUUUGUAUCCUAAAUGAUAUAAAUAAUAUAUUUUCAUGUCCUCCAAAAAAAAGAAGAACACUCGAAGAAGCUCACGUGUAUCGAGGUAUAAAAACUACUAAUUGAUAAGUUGUAACUAUGAUUAUAGAUCAAAGUUUUGAAAAAAUUAAACUUACAAAAAAGAAGGUACAGAGAUAUUUGUAUAAAAUUUAACGAAACGCAUGAUUUUUCUUAAAUUUUCGUCGACUCGUCAAGAUAGCUGAAAAAAACUCGUACGCGCGUUCCGACUCUAGAUAUAUAGCGUAUACUUUAUAUGUAUUAAUAAAUAUUUUAUUGUAAUAAAAGAAAAUGAAAAAACCUUUAAUUGUAAUUUAACGAAUUAAGAGGACACUUGGGACAUUUUUAACUAUUAUAUUGAAGAAAAGUAAAAUAAAAUGAGUACGAAAGACAAAGGGCUCUCAAAAAAUAUUAUUAAUAAAAAAACGUUCCUCCUAAUGCUGAAUUAGAACACGAUGCGAACUCGUUCUUGUAAAACUUUCGACGCUUUUGCUGUAUGAUUUUCUGAUGAAAUAAAAAGAUUCUAUGAUAUAAAGA